CCUCCACCCCCGGUCAGGCGGCUGAGCGCUUCCCCCGGGGCGUCGGGGCUGCGGCCACGUCAGCCUUGCGCCCCGCCCGCCUUCCCGCCGCCUCCGGUUGUGAGCCGGAUCCUCCGCGCCUCUCUUCCUCCGGCGCAGGCCUGGCUGCCUGCCUUGCUUGCCUGCCUGCUCGCUCCACGGCUCCUGCUCCUUUGGCGGUUCCUGCUCCGCGCCGGCCUGCGGAGGGAAGGAUCCCCAGCUCCGCCACCCGGCGCUGUCUCUUUGAAGAACCCAAGUGGGCUGUCUCUGGACCAUGACAGCAAAAAUCCUAUGAGAAGCUUUUCCAGAAAUAUAUUCAGUUAUUUGGCUACGGCACUGUGAAUUCUAUUGGUCUCCGAAGCUUGCCUCGCUCAAGUACUCAACAUGGAGCCAUUGUUACCCAGAGGAAAGUGCCUCACAGACUUGAAAAGACUCUUUUUGCUGUCACUAUCGUUAAUAUAUCUGAUAGCUUUGGUUUCUCCGGAUCAAGACUACUAUGGUUUACUCGGAAUAUCCAAAGAAGCAACAAGUAGAGAAAUAAGGCAGGCUUUCAAAAAAUUAGCGUUGAAGUUGCAUCCUGAUAAGAAUCAGAAUGAUCCGGAGGCCCACGAAAACUUCCUGAAAAUAAACAGGGCGUACGAAGUGCUAAAAGACGAAGAUCUGCGAAAGAAAUACGACAAGUAUGGCGAGAAAGGCCUGGACGACCAGCAGCAAGGAGGCAGAUAUGAGAGCUGGCACUACUAUCGCUACGAUUUUGGUAUUUAUGAUGAUGAUCCUGAAAUUAUAACGCUGGACAGAGGAGAAUUUGAUGCUGCUGUUACCUCAGGAGAACUGUGGUUUAUCAAUUUCUAUUCCCCCCGAUGCUCCCAUUGCCAUGAUUUAGCACCGACGUGGAGAGAAUUUGCUAAAGAAAUGGAUGGAUUAAUACGUAUUGGAGCCGUCAACUGUGGCGAUAACAGAAUGCUUUGCCGGAAUAAAGGAAUCAAUAGCUACCCAAGCCUGUAUGUGUUUAAAACUGGAAUGAACCCAGUGAAAUAUUUUGGAGACAGGUCCAAGGAGAGCUUAAUGAGUUUUGCCAUGCAGUUUGUCACAAGCACAGUGACAGAAUUAUGGGCAGGAAAUUUUGUCAGUGCUGUUGAAACUGCAUUUGCUUCUGGCGUUGGCUGGUUAAUAACUUUUUGUGCUGAGCAAGGAGAUUGUCUGACUUCCCGAACACGCCUCAAACUGGCUGGCAUGUUGGACGGCCUUGUUAAUGUAGGCUGGAUGGACUGUGCCACCCAGGGUGAGCUUUGUGAUAAUUUGGAUAUCUCAACUAGCAGUACCGCAUUCUUUCCACCCGGAGCCACUUUAACUAAUAAAGAGAGAGGAGGUGUUUUGUUCCUGAACACUUUGGACACAAGAGAGAUAUAUUUGGAAGUCCUGAAGCACCUUCCAGAUUUUCAAAUGAUCUCAGCAUCUUCAUUACAGGAUCACGUUGCUCAUCACCGGUGGCUGAUCUUCUUUCAGUUUGGUGAGACUGGCAAGUCAGAUGGCCAUGACCUUAAAAAACUAAGCUACCUCCUUAAAGCAGAAAAUAUUCAGGUUGGCAAGUUUGACUGCCUUUCUGCCCCAAACGUUUGUAAUGAUUUGUACGUUUACCAGCCGUGUGUCGUAGUCUUUAAAGGAAGGGGAAUAAACGACUAUGAAAUUCACCACGGAAAGAAGAUUCUGUACGACAUAGUGGCUUUCGCCAAGGAAAGCGUGAAUUCCCAUGUCGUCACUCUUGGGCCUCAGAAUUUUCCUGGCAAAGAGAAGGAACCAUGGCUUGUCGACUUCUUUGCACCUUGGUGCCCCCCUUGCCGAGCUUUGCUGCCGGAACUGAGGAAAGCAUCAAAGCAACUCUACGGUCAACUGAAAGUUGGGACACUAGACUGUACAGUUCAUGAAGGGAUUUGCAACAUGCACAACAUUAGAGCUUACCCAACAACGGUGGUAUUCAACCAGUCUCACACUCACGAAUACGAGGGGCAUCACUCUUCUGAGCAGAUUCUGGAGUUUAUUGAGGAUCUCAUGAACCCGUCAGUAGUUUCUCUCACACCCGAGACCUUCAGUGAGUUGGUGAAGAAAAAGAAGGCUAACGAAAUCUGGAUGGUUGAUUUCUAUGCUCCGUGGUGUGGUCCUUGCCAAGCCUUAAUGCCCGAAUGGAAGAGGAUGGCCAGGUUGCUGAAUGGGCUGGUUUCAGUCGGUAGCGUGGACUGCCAAAAAUAUUUCUCCCUUUGUCAUCAAGAAAGCAUUCAAGGUUAUCCUGAAAUAAGACUUUUCCCGCAAAAAUCAGCUUCAUCUUAUCAGUACUAUAGCUACAACGGCUGGAACAGAGAUGCACAUUCGCUGAGAAGAUGGGCGCUAGGGUAUUUACCUCGGGUGUCUCUGGAUCUGACACCUCAGAGCUUCACCGACAAAGUUCUGAACGGGAAAGAGCAUUGGGUCGUCGACUUUUAUGCUCCCUGGUGCGGCCCUUGCCAAAAUUUUGCUCCGGAAUUUGAGAUCCUAGCUAAGGCUGUUAAAGGGAAAGUGAAAGCUGGGAAAGUUGACUGCCAGGCUUACGCCCAGACCUGUCAAUCUGCUGGCAUCAGAGCCUAUCCAACAGUGAAGUUCUAUCCUUACCAAGGAGCAAAGAAAAAUGCAUUUGGGGAGCACAUAGACAGCCAUGAUGCAAAAGCCAUAGCCGAACUCCUGAUGGAGAAAGUAGAAGAUAUUAAGAAAAAGAGGGGGAAAUCUUCCAGAAACAAGGAUGAACUCUGAGCCGUGGAAUGAAUUCAAACUGAAGCAGCGGCAAUGGAAGUAUUAGAUCAUGCUUCCUCGAAGAGGAAAAAGGAGAACAUCAGGCUUCGUGGACACAGCUUUCAUCUCCUCAAAUGCUACAAGAAUGUUACGAAGCAUCCCAAGUGCUCAUUUGUAACAGGGGAGGAGACGCUUGUUCCAUGAGUGAUAUGCUCACUGAGAGCUUUUCUUUUCCUGGACUUGAGACUUGAUCAGUAGCGGAGGAACUGUAGCUUCCCCCCCCCUACCCCUUCUCCCAUUCAAUCCUCCCAACCUUUGUCUACAAAACAGUCUUUUCUUGUGCUGAAAAGGAACACUAUUAAUUUCCACUUGCGGUACUGCAGGUAUAUAGACUACUCAGCAGCACAGAAAGACUAAAACAGCUGUCUCUCUUUUUCCUUCCCCGGGGGAAGGAAAAUUGUGGUCUGAACAACUAUCUUACCUCUGGUUAUUGUAGUUAGUGAGCUUUGUCCAGAAUUCAGUGGGUGUUAACAUAGGAGUUGGAAGAAGUUCAGUCUUCUUAGCCCACCUACAUUCUAGAAUGUUCCGCAUUACAUCCCGGUUUCUAAGCCGCUUUUGAAGAGCGCUCAAAUGGUUGUGAGCAAGCACGAUGGCUUCAGUGCUUGGCAGUCAAAGGGUGGAAGGGACCUUGUCUGUGUUGCCUCCCCACUUGCGGUCCGCCAGUUGCGAGUGCUAAGCCGCCAUGCUCAGGUUUUGACACUGGAAACAUCCCUGCAAGUGCUCAGAAGAGCGAUGCGCUGCUGUUUGUCUUUCGUGAUGUACAGGCAACUGUAACCAGAAGGUGGCAGUGCGUACACAAGAUUGCUUGCUAUGGACUGCAGCAGCUGAGAGCCGACACAAGCAAGACUUUCUUCAAUGGCCACCUUAGUGAGCUAGGAGAGCUGAAAAUCAUGCCAACAUAUGUCACACCUGGCAACCAAUGCCCUUUGGUUUCGGAUAGUACAUGGGCAGACGAGUCUAAAAAGCUGAAGACACAAAUUUUCAUGGCCCUCUCGCAGCUAUGGCGGCUUAUUUAUGAGAAGUGACGUACCGUACUUUUCCGUGUUUAAGACUAUGGUUUUUUUAAUUAAAAAAUCAUGUUCAGAAUUAGGGGUCGUCUUAUACAUGGGUAGUACAUUAUGGGGCUGUGGGAUUGGUUGCUGCCAUGAGUUCGAGAUUCUUAUUGGUGGCUGCUGCAACGGCUGUUGUUGAUUGGCUGUUGCUGUGGCAAUUGGGCGGGUGAUUUGAUGCUUUUUUCGAAAAAAAGCUCAACAACUCUGUGUCCCCCCCCAAAAAAGCUCAACAACUGUUGGCAAUCCCCCCCCAAUAAAUCUCAACAAUUUUGGGGAAUUCCCCCUCCCCAUUUUCUUAAUUUUGAGUCCCCCAAAAUAGGGGACGUGUUAUGCACCGGGGCGUGUUAUACACGGAAAAGUACGGUAUUUAGCUUUAACUCUGCAAGUGUGCACUUGAUUCUGACCAAACUAAACCUCCUGAUGUAUAUUCUGCUCUAAUAGGCUUAGUUUGGACAGAAUCAAGUCGACACUCCCAGAGUUGACGCUCAAUACUUUACUCCUGGUAAAUGAGCCCCCCACCCCCAAGCUCUUCUACCUAAGCUGAUUUCAGUCGGACUCGCUUCCGGGUAAACAUGAUUAUAAAAUGCAGGUGAAGCUUCUCCCACAUCCAAGCAGAUAAGAUGCUGAGUUGCACCGUCGUGAUUUUCCGCAGAAUUGAAAGUACAGUUUAUUUAUUUACUUUUUAGUUUGUGUCACAGGAAAUAUUGUUUGAUUUUAAAGCGGGGCACUUGAGUCACUGUUGGAGGCAUAAACGUGAAAAGAAACCGCUGGAUGAAGUCAGUGAGCCCGGCUAGUUUAGCAUCCUGUUCUCAAAGCGGCCAAUCAGAUUAUGCUCCUGCGGUUUCUAGCAACCGGCUUCAUCUGUUUGGAUACUAGCCUGCUCCCAGCCCUUUAAACAGAGUUGUAAAACGUAACUACUGGCUUUCUUCUUCUUCUUUUUUCUAUUUUCAGUAUUCCAAGUGCCUUCUGAACCUUGAUCUGCUCAGUAAUGAAAGUGCCAAAGCAAAUUAAAGACUUGAUGCACUUAUCAUGGCAGAGAUUUUCACAGUCCAUUUGACGACUGCGCCUGUGAAAAGUUUGCGCCAUGAAAAAUGUGCUAGUCUUCUAAGUUUUCUCACUAGAUUGUCCAUGUGAGGGGGGUGGACUUAAUAAUUAACAAAUACAUUGGAAUUGAUCCAGAAUUACCUUUCUGUUUGCGGAAAGGAUGGAGAGCCAUGCAGUUCCAGGGGAUUGCCAACCAAGGAUGGGCUAGGGCGAGAGACAGCAGAUUCUGGAAAAAAAAUAUCGCUCUUUUCUCCUCUAAAUGGUGCACUUACCGUAUGAGCAGACCUUCGCUCCUAUUUCAUUGAUUUCAGUGGGUCUACUCCCGAGUAUGACUUCAUUAUAUAUCAUCUCUAGAAGCCAACCUAAUGUAACACCCACCCACCAACCAACCAAUGUUGGCGCUUGCCAAAGUCUUAAAUUGUUUUUCUGUAUUAGUAUCUGUACUGUACUGCCCCCAAUUUUUAUUUGAAAAUCCCAUGCUGGGAAUUUUGAAUAAUAACCCUCCUCUCGCUAAAGACUGGGCAUCUAGAAUAUUGUUUGGGUUUUUUUUAAAAAAAAAGGUAGAUAUACUUUGCAACCACCCACUUUUAUGAGUGACUACAGUUUUUUCCUGUGUAUUUAUGUAAGAAUUAUUCUGCACCUGUGGAGAACAGGUUUUAUUUUUCAGCAGAGAGACACUUCCACAAACCACGAUUAUUUGGUGAAGCCUGCAUGUUCAAGUGCCCAGAGUAAUUAGCUCAGCUAUGAAUACAUUUCUGUUACUGAAUCACCAGCUGUUUCCCCCCCCCCUAAAGGUAAGAACAUAAUUUAGUAACACAGGGAGUUACUAAACCUUCUGGUUCUUCCCGUUAGCAGAUGCAAGAACACUGGAGUGGAUAGGAUCAGAACACAGUAUUCCUUUUGAAAAUAUUGCAGCUGUAGAUGCUGCUGUGUCAGUUUCAACUGCAGUCUAA